UUCGUGACGCACCAGCUCCGAACUGACAGGAUCAUUUCUACAGGCAAGAUGGCGACUUCGGAGCCGGUAAGCGAGAUCGAGAAUGCACCUGAAACAGAAGAGCCCCAACCUGAAGUAAUCCCCACUGCACCACCUGUGGUCACUGAUUCCGAGCAGUACAUCAAACACCCCCUGCAAAACAAAUGGGCCCUGUGGUAUUUCAAAAAUGACAAGAGCAAAAGCUGGACAGAGAACCUCCGUCUCAUCGCAAAGUUUGACACAGUGGAAGACUUCUGGGCAUUAUAUAACCACAUACAGCAGCCCAGUAAGUUAGGCUUCGGCUGUGACUACUGCUUAUUUAAGGAUGGGGUGAAGCCUAUGUGGGAGGAUGACAAGAACAAGCUGGGUGGGAGGUGGCUGAUGACCCUCAGCAAACAGCAGAGACAAAUCGACCUUGACCGCUACUGGAUGGAGACACUGUUGUGUUUAAUUGGCGAGUCGUUUGACGAGGCCAGUGAAGACGUGUGUGGAGCGGUGGUCAACGUCAGACCCAAGGGAGAUAAAAUAUCCAUCUGGACUGGGAACUGUCAGAACAAGGAAGCCAUCGUGGCGAUAGGACAACAGUAUAAAGAGCGCCUGAGUAUCCCCAGCAAUCUCCUGAUUGGCUACCAGUCGCAUGACGACACGUCUAGCAAGAGUGGUUCCACCACAAAGAACAUGUACUCAGUCUGAUCAACAACACCCACCCCCAACUCAACUACAAACCCACUAGAGCUGGGCGAUAUGGACCAAAAUCCAUAUCACGAUAAAUUGAAUGAUACGUUUAUAACAUUAAUGUGCACCACAGUUAUUUUUAUAUUACCCCUACAACUACUACUACUACUACUACUACUUUGAAUGUUGUUGCUAUCAAUUGUCCCAUUAAUAGUCACCCAUAUUAGCUAAUUUAUUUCAUUUGGAACUUCACAUGUCUCUAGUAGGGUCCUAUGGGUAAUGAACGAUAUCAGCCAAAUGUCCACAAUAAGUGGUCAGUUUUGAUACUUUUCAGUUUAUCGUCCCAGCUCACUGCAUCACCAACACAUUCAUACUUUUCAGUUGUCAACUACUGUUGGUGUCCUUCCUCUUUACAGACGAGAGAAUUGUUCAAACGUGUACAAAGUUAGGGCCGCCUCCCUGACACCUGAUUGUCCGGCUGGCUAAAUGACGUAUCUUGUACAGAAGAAAAGGAGAACAGCUGAAGCUGUUGGGAUUUGAGCUAGAAGAUCUUAAGUAAAUGACUUCAUUUUAGAAUUGGUGAGUAUAUGUGAAUAAUAAUGCCAGUGGCCUUCCCCCCCUACUUGUGUAGCUGGGAGAAGAUGUUGUUUAAGGCCUGGUUAAAAACACCUUCCUUUGCUGUAAACCCAAUUCCUUUUCUCAUGCAGAGUUUACUAUCACUUUCUGUUAUGAAAAGCGUUUCUCACCAACCACCCAGGAUAGGAAAAAGACCAGAUUAAUUUACUCAGAUUUUAAAGGGCAGCCAGCAUUUUAACCUGCUUUUCCUGGAGGUGUUUAGCAUGAUAAGGGAUUGCAGAUGCACCUGCUACAGAAAAGACAACAGUAUCAAAAAAGAAAAACGUUUGUAAAGAAUUGUAGUGGUCACACGGUCUUAAGUGUGAACAUUUUGGAAGAAAGACCACAAAGUUCCAGCCAUCCUGGGAUUGAGGAUUGUUUGCUUGUAAAAAAUAAUAAUCUCCCCCCUUUCCCUAUUUAUUUAUGAUAUAUCCAUUUGAGGUUAAACUACUUAGUUGUUUUAAAAAAAAAACUAAAUUUCCCUACACUAUUUUUUUUCUGUUUUUGUUUUUUGUUAUUGAGGAUGUUAAUGACAUGGACUACUGCUUAAUAUAGAACCUUUUUUACAGUGUAUCAUAGCAAGUAAAGAUGCCUGGACAAGUUUUAGGUCUGCUUCUCACCGUUUUCUUCUUAAGAAAAACUAACAUUUCGCACUCCUCUCUGGGGCUGGUGCGAGUGGAGAAGAAAGGAUAUCUCCAUCGUUAAAUGAUUUUGCUCAUAAUGUAUCUUAAUGUAUAUUACCUUCUUUCAAGUAAAGGUUAAGUGCUUUGCAUUAAAACCAGAA